GAUAAAAAGAAGGAACGAAAAAUAAAAUUCACACUGGUGAUCCAUCAUGAGGCAGUGGACUCGGGGCGCGCAGACUCGCCCAUGAUUGGUUGGCGCCGCCCAAUCGCCAUCACGUGACUACGCCAAAGUACCGCCCUUCGAUAAUGGAGACUCCCCCCUGGAACUAACCUUACGCAGCGCAAUACCUCCACUCUACGUCUGGACGAUACGCCCAAGCGAGAGAGAGAGAGAAGGAAGACUGAAACACGCCAGACCACUGCGGGUCAGUCUCACCUGUGUGCAGCUUUCCGCUACGCUAGUCCACCUCACCAGUCCACUCCAACGGCCCAUGUUGGACGGUUCGACUGCACGAGUGUCCGCGCGGAUUAUUUUCGUGGACGACGGUUAACGUUUCGCAGUGCCCGCGGAUUGGCGUCGUUGUUAGCUGUUCUCCGAGGACUGUAAACCGCUCACUUUCGGAGCAUAUCAAAUUUUACAAAGCAAAAUUUUACAAAGCUACCGCAUACCUUCCGCGUGAUAUUAUAGUGCACACUUGUGACAACUCGAAGAUUUAAUACUUGCAAUUAGUUGCUUCUGUGAUUUUACAUUUUGUGCAACCUGUGGACAUUUAUUGCUCCGUUUAAGACUUUCGUUCGAGAUCUUGCCGAGUAUUGAUUAAUUCUGUGCUUCUCGUGAACUCGUUUAGCGGGACAAAUUUAAAUGUCCCUUCUUUCGUGUCUAUUUAUAUAAUACUAAGGGAUUGUAAAUUUGCAUACGCGAUGUUGAAAUGAUGAGUUUAGAGAGCAGUGUACAAUUUUAGCCAUGAUGUAAAUCAUCUCUCUCGUUUCCACUUGGACAGUACGCAUCGGAGUUGCCGAAACAGUGGGUGGUCAAUUGAUUCGUCUCUCCGUUACGAGGAUGAUGAUGAUGGACAUGGGCAUGUACGGGACCUAUGGCAAACCUGACUCAUAUCCUAACUAUGUGUUCUCGGGUCAAGGAAAUCAUCACCAUCAUCACCAUCACCAGCCGUCAUCCGUCGGCGGUCACGUGUCUGUGCCGCCGUCCCCGGAGGUAGCUCCAACUCAUUACUACCCCCAGACUGCAGUGGCGCCAUAUUCUUCAUCGUCUUCCGAGAGUUUCCUAACCGCUGAUUCAGGCACGUCGUCCAGUACGCCGCCUCAAGGCUUCUACUCCCCGACGGGCGCCGUUCUCCACGAGAACGGCUCUACCACGGCGAUAAUCUCCUCGGAGAAUGGUCUGAGCUACACCAAUCUGGAUUACGCGUCGUCCUCGUCGUACUCGAAUCAACAGCAACACGCAGUAGCCCCGGUGGAUCCGCAUCAAAGUUACCACGUUCAACAGGCUGCUUACCGAGAGGAUCCUCAUCAUCAUCAUCAUCACCAUCAUCCAGCCGGCGGUAGCAGCCUCCAUCAAACCACGGUACCCUCAACUAGUCAUCCAAGAACGGAACACGAUCAGCAACUCCACCAUCAAUCCUCUAGUCAUCACCAUCACCACCAUCAUCAUCACCACCACGAACCCGAUUAUCCAAUAGCAGUCGCCGGGACCUCGAAUUAUCUUCAUCAACUGUCCUCCUCGGACGAAUCUUUGCAUUAUCAGACGCAGAUUCAGCAAAGCGAGUUCUCCACGCACCCGCCGGGACAUUACAAAGAGGAGAGCUCGGACACAGCUACUUAUCACAUUUUGCAGCAGUCCAGUCACCUUCAGCAUCCCCAUCAGCACGGGCACCAUCAUCAGCAGCAGCAUUCGCACGCGCAUCAUUCGCAGCAGCAACAGCAGCAGCAGCAGCAGCAACAACAGGCGCAAGUACCUACGUACAAGUGGAUGCAGGUCAAGAGAAACGUACCGAAGCCAGUCGCGACGAAGGCAAAUCCGAAUGUAAUAGAGUUCGGUGGCAGCGCAGCCGCGGGAUCGAGCUCCUCCGUGUACGGAAGCACCGCCAGCGGAACAGUGAGCUGCAUCGCCGGAUCACUGGCCGGUAUCGCCGGCAGUUUCAACAAUACAGGCCGCACGAACUUCACGAAUAAACAGCUCACCGAGCUGGAGAAGGAGUUUCACUUCAACAAGUACCUGACGCGAGCGAGGCGCAUCGAGAUCGCCUCCGCGCUCCAGCUUAACGAGACCCAGGUGAAGAUCUGGUUCCAGAACAGGCGGAUGAAGCAGAAGAAGCGUAUGAAGGAGGGCCUGAUACCGGCGGACAGCACGAACGUGACGCCACUGAGCGGUGCCAGGAGCAGCAGCAAUUCCCCGACGGGCUCGUCCAGCCACGAGAUCGGCGGCCUCGGCUUGUCCAGCUUCCCCAGCGACAACAGUAGGGAAUCACCCCCAUCUUCCAAGGAUUGACGCGACUUUUGCUGCAGUAACGAACGCCACUACGGUCUAUGAUUCGAUGACUGCUAGAGCUCGGCGGUUAUUCGGAGCCGGAAGUUCAAUAAGAAUCAUGACAAUUACUGCAGCCACGAGUCAUUUUCCAAUUCGCCAUUUCAGGCUGCAUCGCGAAAAUACGUAAUACGGCGAGGGAGUUAAGACAAGUAAUGUCAUUCUGUAUCCUGAAAGUAGAGGUAUGUGAUAUAUGUAUAUACGGGACGCAUCUAUCUUCCCGUUUCUAAAUUAUAUAAAAUACGACAUUGAUUGUGCUCUAAUUCCACCAUAUUGUACGAGUCGUCCGAAUUCAGAAGUGACACGGGGAAGGUUACGCCCGCGGAAAAAGAUAUUGAUACAGUUUCGUAUUACAACACAAUGCUGCAUUCCGAGAUGUCUUUUCGCGCCGACUCUCACUCUCUUUAUUUAGUCUAUUAAAGAUUGUACAUUCAUUUUGAGUAUAUUAUUUAUUUCGCGUAUGUACGUUUAUCUUACAAUUAGUUCCCAAAGCGCCUUGUAAAAUUGUGUAAGUUCAAAUCUUAUCUUUCCGCAAUCUAUACAUUCUCUUCAAGGUUACCAUGUACCUCAGUUUUUAUAACGACAUUUAUAGAUAUACAUAUGUAAAUGCUGAUAAUCGCGCGAAUCGUUAAUAUUUUUAGUUGCGUUCCCUUAAAAACUUUUUCCGAGUAUCACUCCGUUUACGUUAACAAAACGAUUACAUUCUAAAUUCCAGGGUUGGGAAAGUUACUUUAUGAAAGUAUCUAGUUACAGUUACAGUUACA